AUCAACAAUGGUGACUUCAGCUUCUUUGCCAAUAGCGGGGAAGAAAAGAUCAACACAUGUUUUAGUCAAGUGCUAGCAAAGCACAACCCAAAAAAUCCGAAGCCGAAAAAAACACCAAAGCCGAAGCCAAAGCCAGAGCCAAAGCCGGAGCCAGAGCAACCAUCAAAGACUAAACGGAAACCCCGUGGACCAGCAAAAGAAAUUCCACCAAUCGAUCCAGAAUUCAAGGCAAUUGUGGAAGGUCUUGAUGAGGUCCAUCGCUUUGAUUGGCCUAGCAACAAAGAUUUCGGUAAUGGCCUCAAACAUCUAUGCAAUCAAUACAUAGACAACAAUGUCACCAAUUCGCAAACACAUUCGGAUAAACACAUAACCCAAUAUCUGAAGAUGAAAGUGUUUCAGAUGAACACAAAUGAAGCCAUUGAAGAGAAAUACCUGCCAAGUGACAUCGACUGUGUGGUGAAACUCAUUCUCAAGGAAAAGGUCAUCAAAGUGCCAGCUAGUGACCCAAAUAAACUUUAUCGGUGCGGAGUUUUGUAUGACAUCGUCAAUAAGUUGAAUGUGUUCCCGGAAAUCGACCUACAUGAUCUCACGACUAAUUCAAAAAAUUGGUUCAAAGCUGUGCCGAUGUAUCUAUCUAUGCAACGCGAGAUAGAAGAAUUUAAUUUGCUGCGAGCACAUCAAGAGCCACCGAAGAAACGCAAAAAGAGAAAGCGCAGAAGACCGAAGGGUAAGAAAAGAAAGUGGAUCAUCAAACGAAAACAAAUGCUCGACGAUUUGGAAUAUCUACCGUGCAUUCGCAAUUUGGUGGUUGUUCCAAUGUGUGAUUUUCGGCGUACGCACUUCAAAAUCGACUCUUCGAGUAUGUAUCAGAUCUUGUCUUCUCAAAAAUUGAUUCCGAAACAGUUAACUGAAGACGGAAAACCAAGUGGAAGAAAUAUUUCAGAAAAGGUUUACAACGAGAAUAAAGAUUACAUAUGGAAUCAGUAUUUUUAUAUGCGUAAAAUUCGGUGGUUUGUCCGCCGCAAAAAGAAAUUUGACUUUUCGAUAAACAGCGAUGGAAUUGCUGUGUCUCUGCAGUAUUCCACCAAAAAGAAGGAGACCAGCAACACACAAUCGGGCACCAGUCGAUUGGACAUCAUUGACAUGUUGAAGGCGGGCAAAUUCAAAAGAUUGGGAGGUACAGAUUCAGGCAUGCGGAACUGGAAUACCACAACAAUACAUGAAAUUGAUACUUGCAAAGAAAUCAACUUUGUUAAAAAGAGCAAGCAGUUCCAUUAGGAGACACAUCAAAAUGUACGAAACGCAAAAGCGAAGCGAUUCACGAAAAAUUUCAUCGAGAAAGAAAGACAAGAUCGAGAGAAUCGUGAGCUGUACGCAAUGAUGCCAUCACCAAAAGGUUCACAGUGGCUGAGCUAUAUUAAGCAUCGAGUUAAGAUGACCAAACAUGGAAUCGAAGCUUACUCGACUGCAAAGUACACUAGACUCGCCUUGGACAAAUACAUUAGGAGCAACAAAGCUAUCGACGGAUUUGUGAACAAGAUCACCAAUAAGGAACCGACUCUGUUAUUCCAUGGUGCUGAUGGCGAAGUACCACCUGAUUGCCCGAUAAGAAUUAAAAAACACGUGCGGUGUCCGGGUGUACGCAAACUGAUGCAGGCAUAUAAGAAGCGACCAUACAUUGUUGUCGUGCCGGUGGACGAAUGGGGAACAUCUCAAACAGACGCAAGAUGUAUGUGCCGAUUCCAAAACCAACCCAAAUCGGCCAAAUUCAAGAUGUGUCGGUGCAUACCCAACGCCAUAACACUGCUGCCAACCAAAAUUGUGUCUAAGUUUGGCAAGACAGAUACAUCUACAUAUCGACAGUUACAACGCACAUUGAACGGAGCAUUUGAAAUAGAAGAGGAGCUAAUGUCAAGAGUAAAACCUUACUACAAAAAAUGGCAAUUAGACCUCGAAUGCACCGUGACUUGGCAUCGUGACGUCGUGGCUGCUAAGAACAUUCUACUGAAAGGACUAUGGACAUUGCUUGGACUUCCAAUACCUGCUGCAAUCAAUCGAUAUUGGAAUCAAAUCAACGCCGAUGCCGCCGUCUUCGACGACGAUAACGACGUGGACAUAUCCGAGCCCGAGUUCGAAUAGCAGCCAACUAAUCAUCACAAUACCAUACAAUAAAAUAAAAUAAAUCAUAAGUAACAUUUGAAUGGGGUAGAAUAAAAACUACUUCU